GAUUGAGUCUACCUUACUCGUGGUAUCGAUGUCUGCUGUUGUCCUGUCGACAGGCAUCCCCGUCCAUUCUGUUGCGAGUGUGUUGUCACGCACCUGAUCAUUGUGCCUAUCUGUCUCUCGCGAGUUCUUGUAUAGUAGAACUAUACCUUAAUGCCUAUCGUAUGUAAGGUAGCAGAAAGAGAAGGAUUGACGGUAGCCCAGUAAACACAACCCGUCGAUAUCUUGAACGGUCCCUCGUCACAUGUACAUGCAUAUGUACCUCUGCAUAUCACAGCAUCGGUGGAACAAAGAUGGCAUCACAGCCUUCUCAUCCUCCUUCUCCUGUCGGCGACAGUGAUGGCAGCGCUGGGAGAGGGCCAACGACUAGCAGUCCAACCAGCGGUCCUGCGUCGCCUUCAAGUCCCAGACAGCCCAGCUACCAGCAGCACCGACCCAACCAGCCCUCGCAGCUGCGCCUCUCUCACAUGCCCUCCACAUCGCCUGAAGACCGCCGCGCCCAGUCCGGUCUGGAAGCAGAUGGCAUACACCCGCACGACCACGAACCUGCAGCCGUCGCCGAUACAGAUGCCACUCACCAACAAGGACUCAUUGAGGGCGUUGAAGAGGGGCCGAAUGCUGCAACUGCGUUGCUGGAGCGGGCCAACAAAGAUGGCGAUUAUACGAUACGGCCAAGGCAAGGCAGAGGAUAUGGAAGCUUCGCUAGCACGUAUGCCGAGACCGUCAAUAGUUUCGAUCAGAAUCGCCCGAGUCUCGGUGGCCGUUAUAACACAGCAGACGACGUCGAUACGCGGCCGAAUAGCGCGCUGGAAGCUCUGCCGGACUCUGUGACAGAAGGACUGUUGGGGAAGUCCAAAGCACGAGGUACCACGUCCUGGCUUCGAAGACGAGCUGGCAUCAAGAACAAGAGGUUAAUGUACAUUCAUUAUUACAUUCCUUUUACCAAUUGGAUACGGCAGUACCGAUGGCGCUUUCUGAAGGGAGAUCUGGUCGCAGCCAUCACCAUGGCUUCUUUCUAUGUGCCAAUGGCGCUGUCCUAUGCAAGCAAUUUGGGCCACAUGCCGCCUAUCAAUGGCCUGUACGCUUUUGUCUUCAACCCAUUCUUGUACGCCAUACUCGGGACCUGCCCGCAAAUGAUUGUGGGACCUGAGGCAGCGGGAUCCCUCCUCACGGGGAGCGUGGUGUCAGAGGCUAUCAAAGCAGGCCACAUCCGGGACGAUGAUGGCGUCAAGGCCGCACAAGUCGGCGGUAUGGUCACUGGCAUGGCAGGUGCUUUCAUCCUCGUCGCUGGUCUGUUGAGGCUUGGAUUCCUAGACAGCGUCUUGUCACGGCCCUUCCUACGGGGCUUCAUCAGCAGCAUUGGUCUUGUCAUCUUCAUUAACCAGCUUCUCCCCGAGAUGGGCUUGGACGAGGCAGCUGAAAACUCUGCCCGUGCGCACGGCUCACCUUUGGACGCUUUACUCUUCAUCAGCGAGCACCGGCACCAAAUCCACAAACUCACUGCUGCAAUCAGCUUUGGCGCUGUCGCUGUGAUCUUGUUCUUACGAGAGCUGAAACGGAGACUUCAACCGCUGCCAAAGCUGAGCUGGGUCGUCUACGUUCCAGAUCGGUUCAUCAUCGUGGUUUUAUCCGCAGUUUUUGCAUGGCGCUACGACUGGCAAGGGCGAGGAGUUGAUAUCCUGGGUGAUAUCAGGCCACCUGCUGGAGUGAAGCUUUUCGAGCCGCACUGGCCUUUUGCAGCAGACAACUUCGAGCACGUGAGCGACGCUUUCGAAACCGCCUUUAUCGUCGCACUUCUCGGUUUCUUCGAGAGUUGUGUCGCGGCGAAGAGCUUGGGCAACGGCAAUGUCAAGACCGAGAUCGUGAAGAGGGAACGCAAGGACGGCACAGUGGAGGAGGUGGAAGAGAGCGACGGCAUUCGUGGCAUUAACGUCUCCUCUAAUCGCGAGCUUGUCGCUCUCGGCGUCGCGAACAUUGUCGGCGGCGCAUUCAUGGCACUUCCUGCGUUUGGAGGCUAUGGCAGGAGUAAGAUCAACGCCAGUACAGGAGGCCGAACUCCGAUGAGCAGUAUUCUGCUGUCUCUCAUCACUGUCCUCUGUACUGUGUUCUUGCUACCCUACUUCUAUUUCAUUCCAAAAGGCGUCCUCUCCGCCAUGAUUACCGUUGUGUCGAUCUCCCUGCUCGAGGAAGCUCCCCACGACAUCAUCUUCUUCUGGAAAAUCGGCGGGUACAUCGAACUCUUCCUCAUGCUCCUCGUCUUCCUCACCACAUUCUUCUGGUCGCUGCGAGGAGGCAUCAUCGUCGGCAUCAUCUUUUCCCUCAUACGACUCAUGAAACACGCCACGCGACCACGGGUUCAGAUCCUCGGGCGCGUACCAGGAACACGCGAGUUUGAAAAUGCAGAAGUCCUCGCACAAGAAGGACACAUUGAAAUGGUGCCUCACAGUCUCAUUGUGAAGAUUCCCGAGCCUUUGACGUUUGCCAACACGGGAUCAUUGAAAGACCGGUUGAAAAGGCUGGAAGACCAUGGCACAGCGUAUGCUCACCCUGCUUUGCCUAGCGUAAGGGGCAAAGAGCACAACAAGAAUGUCGUGUUUGACAUUCACGGCGUGACCGGAAUGGACUAUGCGGCUGCACAAGUGCUCGUGGAAAUCGUCCGAGACUACAUCGAUCGGGGAACAGCGGUAUACUUCUGUCGCAUUCCUUCCAAGAAGAGCAAAGUGUGGAAACUGUUUGAGAAGUCGGGGAUCGUGGAUCUCUGCGGUGGCGAGCACAACUUUUACCGCUCCGUGGACGCAGCAUUACGGGCGACGGAGAAGAGAGGAAUGGGGACGUUUCAAGACUAUCUGCAGGAUGAGAGCGCGAGAGGUGGUGGUGGUGGCGGCAGCAGUAGCAGAAACGUGGUUGAUGAAGAUGGAAGUGCUAGUUCGAGUGUAACGAGACUGAUUGAUGGAACGAGGACGCCACCGUAUUUCGACGGGCCCAGCUUCACGCAGGAUGAAGGUGGUCCUAGUUUGAGGAAGGCGCGAGUAGAUGGAGAGGCUGAUGUGGAGGGAGGUUUCAGUAGGGGGUGACGACGGUAGAUUAUAGAUAUAUAUAUGAAUACAUGAGGUGUAUUCUCG